AUGUCUCUCACCUUCCGCCCCGCUACCCCCGCCGACAUCCCUCCAGUCCUCUCUCUCGUCCGCUCCGCCUACCGCGGCGACUCGUCCCGCGCCGGGUGGACCACAGAGGCCGAUCUCGUCGCCGACGACCGCAUAUCAGCCGAGUCCCUCCACGCCAAGAUCACCGACCCCAACGGCGCCGUCAUGCUCGCCUUUUCCACCUCCACCUCCGGUACUUCAACCCCUCAGUCCGACUCUGACGCGGAUCGCGACCCUAGCCUUGUCGCCUGUUGUGAGGUUGGUCGUCGUGACGGAGAUCACGCCUACUUUGGCCUCUUUGCCGUGUCACCCGAACUACAGGCUGCUGGCAUCGGUAGACAGGUUCUUCAACGUGCUGAAGAGCACGCCAAGAAGGAAUGGGGCUCACGUAUUAUGAACAUGUGGGUUAUCUGGAAGCGCGAAGAGCUCAUCGCCUGGUAUGUCCGAAGAGGAUAUCGUAUUACCGGUGAGAAGGCGCCCUUCCCUUAUGACCAGCUUGUCAAUGGCAGCGCGCUCAGGGACGAUUUGUACUUUGAGAUCUUGGAAAAGGAGUUGUAA